AUGGGAAAGUCUCGUAAAUGGAUCAAAAGUGAAAUGGAGAAAUUGCACCCAGAAAAGGACUAUGAGCAGAUUUGGAGAUUAUCAAUCAGCUACAAACUUGACGACUUUAUCAUGAACCUUUUCUAUGCCGCAAUGUUUCCAAAUAUCAUUGUCCCUGAGCAGGCUGCGAGGCCAGUUUGGCGAGAGGACGGUGGAAAGGUCCUGCACAGAUCCACGCAUCGAGCGCAACAGACUGGAAACUUCGUGUCUCUUGUCUCCUGGUAUGGCGCAUCGGACCCGAGAACCCGCAAAGCAGUCGAUCACAUCAAUUCGUUACAUAGACACUGGAUGAAAAGGUACCCUGGAGACUUUUCUGAUGUCAAUGACUAUAUUUAUACACUUUCGACAUUUGCAGUACUGCAGGAUCGACUGCUUGUUACGCUGGGGCUACCUGGUCUCUCAGAGAAAGAAAAAGUGGCAGCUCAUCUCUUUUGGAGAGAUAUUUCACAACUUUUUUAUACCGAAGGACGAAAACCACUACAACAGUUUCCUGGGGAUUGGAACGAGAUGAUAUCUUAUAUGGAGAAGAUUGAAAACUCGCGAGUUCCAGGAACCAAACAAGCUCAUCUGGCUGCUGAAGCGUUUUUCGAUCAAUUCGCGUUCCGUUACUUCCCAUGGGGCUUGCGUUGGUUGGGGCGGAUGUUACCAGUAUGCCUCUGCUUACCAACAACCCUCGAAGCCUUGGAUAUCCAGCCAGUGAACUCUAUAUUAUCCUGGUUUGUCAAGCAGUGUUUGGCUAUAUGGAUAACAGUUCUUAUCGACUGGCUUCCUGACCCGAAAAAGGCGGAUUGGGAAGUGCGGGAGGAGCAAACACCGUCCGAAAGGGUCAAGCAAAAUAAACGAGCGUCGGAUCUGGACAAAGGAUUUGUUAUGUAUUUCUCUAGACGACAUCGUGCGGAGAUUGAAGACAUCUCUUAA